CAGGUUUGCCUCGGAAUUUCCCUUCGCAGCGUAACUGAUUUCCUCCUCGCCUGAGCCACUUCAGACCGACCCGCUCUGCAGUUAGUUUAGAUUUUAACUCCAUUUACACCGCCAUGCAUUUAGUAAACAGGCUCUAUGUCUUUCUUCUGUGUAGUGUGGCUGCGACCUUCGCCUCUGCUGACAAGAUGACAGCAGCCACGGCGUACUGGGACUCUCAACACAAGAUGGUCCACCUGAAGGAGGGGGUGCUGGAGACAGAUGGGGAUGCGUAUGGCUAUCUGAAUGACACCCUGUCCACCACGGGCUGGAGCAUCCUAGAGAUCCGCGCCGGGUACGGAAAGACCCCUGAAACUGAUGACGUGACUUUCUUCCUGGCUGGCUACCUCGAGGGCUUCCUCACUGCCCAGCAGAUGAUGGACCACUAUGCCAACAUGUAUCCGCAGCUGAUCGAAGACCCCAAGGUCGAUGUCUUGGUUCAGAGUUUCAUGGCGAAGCAGGACGCGUGGACCAGAGAGCAGGUGAAACUGAACAAGAGCUCCGAUCCUCUGUGGAGACAUGCAGGCUUUAUCGUGGCUCAGAUGGAUGGACUGCAGGCAGGAGUCGCAGACUGGGCCAAGAAACAAGGGAAAAAGCCGCUGUCCCUGUAUGCCAUCCAGUUCCUGAAUGCAGUGGGAGACCUGCUGGAUCUGAUCCCAGCCCUGACAUAUCCCUCCAACCCUCGCCUCAGAGACUUCAAACUUCCAGGGAUGGGACACUGCUCUGCUCUGAUCAAGAUGCUGCCUGGCUAUGAGAACCUCCUCUUUGCCCACUCCAGCUGGUACACAUACGCUGCCACAAUGCGGAUCUACAAACACUGGGACUUCCGCAUCACUGAGCCCAACACGGCUACUGGGAAACUGUCCUUCAGCAGCUACCCUGGCUUCCUGGUGUCUCUGGACGACUUCUACCUCUUGGGCAGCGGUCUGAUGAUGACCCAAACCACCAACAAUGUCUUCAACUCCUCCCUUUUUGGCUCGCUCACUCCCAACAGCCUGCUGGCGUGGCAGAGGGUGCGGCUGGCUCACAGUUUGGCACAUACCGGAGAAGAGUGGGCCAAAACCUUCACCAAGUACAACUCUGGUACCUACAACAACCAGUACAUGGUGUUGGACAGGAGCAAGGUGAAGCUGGGCCACAGUGUUGAUGAUGGUGCUCUGACCGUGGUGGAGCAGAUCCCCGGGCUGGUGGAGUACUCUGACCAGACACAGGCUCUGCGCAGAGGUUACUGGCCAUCCUACAACGUUCCCUUCCACCCGAAGAUCUACACGAUGAGUGGUUACGGAGAAAUGUGGAAGGAGUAUGGAGAGGACUUCUCCUACGAUCUCUGUCCCAGAGCCAAGAUCUUCCGUCGUGACCAGGCUGAUGUCAAGGACCUGGACUCCCUGAAGCACAUCAUGAGGUUUAAUGACUACAAAAACGAUCCAUACUCCAAGGGGGAUCCCUGCAAGACCAUCUGUUGCCGUGGCGACCUGAGGGACUUGAAGCCUACACCGGGAGGUUGCUAUGACACAAAGGUAACAGACUUCAACAUGGCUGGGGACUUCCGUGCGGAGGCGGUGAACGGACCAACGACACAGGAUGGACUCCCGCCGUUCUUUUGGGAUAAAUUCAGCAACAUCACCCACCAGGGUCUGCCGCAGUACUACAACUUCACCUUCGUCAGGAUGCAGCCUCUUCUCUUCGAGCCUUGAGGUGUGUGUGUGUGUUUGUGAGUGAGACAGAGAGAGAUGUGUCUGUGUGAUGCUUUGUGAUGAAUGAUGGGAGUCAAAGGUACAAUCUGAUGUUUCUUUUGUGGUUCACACAUCUGUUUACACACUGAUGAUUUUUAUUUUGAUUACUGGGAAAAGUUCAGAAUUGCGUCCCACACACAAACGCCUACAUUUUUAAAUUUUGGGAGUAAUAGUACGUCCUUCCAUCUGAUUAAAUGCACAAUGUCAAACUGCCGAUCAGAUUUUAACUCAGUAUUUUAACAUAUCUUGUGCAGAUGAUUUGUUUUUUUACCUGCUGCCAUUUGUGCCUAGAACACUGAGAGUAGCUUUAUGAUUUUAUAAAAUGCAGAAUCAAUGCACUAAAUCAGUGUUCAUACCAUCUUUAAUCCUUUUUUUUAGAAGCUUGAAUGUCUUCAUGCAAACACUAUAAUUCCGGUGGUAAAUGAAAUCAGUGCAAUGUUAUACUCAGGGCUGUUGAUCCUCUCUCGUGCUGGAUUUAUGUGCAUCUUCCUCUUAUACUGUGCAAAAUGAAAAUGUCUCAGGUUUGUAUUUUUGUAUAAGCCUGUUUAUUAUGUGAAAUGAUGUGUAACACUGCACAUCUGCACCAUGCCAACAUUUAAUGUGAUGAUUGUUUAUUAAAGUUUUACAGUAGUGCCAGCA